AUGGAUGGAUCAGAAGACAAUUUAUUUGGACAAAUGGAGGAGGAAAUUGAUGAAAAUGAAAGGGAAAUUGUAGAUAUAGAUAGUGAUUCAGCUGAUGAAUUAGAAGAGGAAGAAUUAGAUCCGGGUGGUGCUUAA